GCGAAUAUCAUUCAUAAAUGAUUGUUUAUGUAUGUGAAUUCUGGAUGCUGGUGUGAUAUUACAUUGCUAGGAUAAUGUUAAGUGAAGUUUCGAACGUAAAAUAGAAUAUAUUACUUACAGGUCGCGCUUUAGGAUGGCCAACAAUAAUGACCUAGCUGCUGCUAUUCGCCUCUUGGCGGAAAAACUAGCCCAGGAAAGAACUGAGCGCCCCGAUUCUGCAGGGGACAUGUUUGAAAGGUUUGCGAAAGUUAAGCCACCAUACUUCAAGGGGCAAGCAGACCCGACCUUCCUAGAACGCUGGAUUAGGGAGUUUGAAAAACUAUUUUGGGCGGUAAAUUGUCCUGAAAAUAUGAAAGUAGGCCAAGCUGUCCUUUACCUAAAAGAUGAGGCCGAUCUAUGGUGGAAAGAAAAUAGAACUAAGCUAAGUGUUGUUGAAGGAUUUAAUUGGGACUCAUUUGUUGUUGCAUUGAGGGAAAAGUUUUAUCCUCCUUUUAUAACAAAACGAAAAGCGCAGGAAUUCAUAAACCUUGGGAUGGGGAGUAUGACCAUCGCUGAAUAUUAUAGCAAAUUUAUAGCGAUGUCGAGGAUCGCACCUGAAGUUGUAGCCACAGAAGAGAUAAAGGCUCAGAGGUUUGAGCAAGGGUUGACCGAUGAGUUCCAGUUGGGAUUAGGUGGAGAAAUCUUUACCUCUUUAGAUAAUGUGUAUGAGAGAACCGUUCAUAUUUACGGUUUGCAGUCCAUAAGGGACGCGAAAAAUGUUGUUGGGGAGAAAAGAAAAGAGUUUAAUGUCCAGGAAAACCAAGGGAAUUUCAAGAGGAAUAUGAAUGAGAAUAGGAAUGAAAAUGGAAAUGGAAAUUUUCGAGGAGGAAACAGUCAGGGGCACAACAAUAGGAGUAAAUCCGAGAGAGUGUAUCACUGCAAGAGGUGCAACAAUAACCACCCUGGGAAGGACUGUAAAGGAAAAUUGGUGAAUUGCCACUAUUGUCAGAAAAGGGGGCAUAGAGAGUUUGAGUGCUUCAUUAAGCACAGAAAGGAACAAAAUAGUAAUGGAGGUGGGAACCAAGAGAGGUUUAACCAGUCUGGAGAUCAAAAUUCAAAGCCUGGAGGGGCACAAAACAAUCAAGAGAACUAUAAUAAGCCUGCAAAUGAUAACAACAACCAGGAUAAGGCUCCGGGCAAACUAUUCAUGAUGAGUAGAAAUGAAGCUGAACGUUCUGCAGACGUAGUUCAUGGUGGAGAAUUCUCCGUAGGCGACUUUUGAAUUCUUAAAGUGGUCUCGCAUUUUGUUUACACAAGUCUCUAAGGAUCAAUAAGCGUUGCCCAUCUACAGGUUUGAAGAUGAUGCAUCAUUGGGAUCGGGAUUAGAGAGCUUGUAGUUCAUUUGAUUUUCUAAGUUGGAUUUGGUUUGUUUAAGUGGACUCUAAAACUUAUUGAAUUAGUAACAUUAACUUUGUUUUU